UACAGUAACCCCCCUCCCCCCGUAUGUCUUCUUCUUCCAUACACAUCAGUCCGGCAAACCCGAAAAAAGACGCGAUAUCGGCGCCUGCAGCAGCCAUCACUUCGCCGUCUCUUUUUUCCCCUUUUCGCGGAUAUUCAGAGCAACAACAACUCCCCAUUUCUGUAAGUGGAGUUAGCUUUUUCUUGAUUUCUUUGUGGCAUUUUAUCAAACACAUAGUGGAUGGUAAUAAAGCCCACUCUUUCAAGCUAAACACACCUACAAAAUACUUAUAAUUGUCAACAAUAUUACUAAUUCUUGCACAGAGAAUUAAUGUGGAGUUGUCAUCACCAUCUACUUUGCUUUUGUGGUUAUGUCUUUGAUUAGAAAAUGCAUAAGAACUGAACCAUCAUCCUUUACGGUUCUAAAUCUGUUGAGAGAGAGCAGAGGCAUAAAGCACCUUGAACAAGUUCAUACCCACAUAAUACAAAAGGGUUAUGAGCAAGACCAUUUUAUCAUUAACCAGUUUAUAUCCCUCUGUAAUGUGUUUUCGUAUGAUAUAUCUUAUGCUACAAGUGUGUUUGAGCAUGUUAUUCAGCCUAAUGUUUAUGUAUGGAAUACAUUGAUUAAAGGGUAUAGCAAAAAAUCAUCUCUUGUUGAUUGUUUCGUAGUCUUGAGACAAAUGAGAAGAAGUGUGAAUGUGAAACCUGAUGAAUUUACUUUUCCAUCAUUGGUCAAAUCUUGUUCUAAUGUGUUUGCUUUGAGGGAAGGUAAGAUUAUUCAUGGGUUGUUAGUGAGAUUUGGGAUUGAUAGUGAUGUGUUUGUAGGAUCUAGUUUGAUUGAUCUUUAUGGGAAGUGCAAAGAGAUUGAAUAUGCACGAAGAAUCUUUGAUGAAAUUCCUCUAAAGAAUGAGGUUAUAUGGACUGCGAUGAUCGUUGGAUAUGUAUAUGUUGGUGAUUUAUUAGAAGCAAGGAAGUUAUUCAAUGAAAUGCCACAGAGAAAUGUAGCUUCGGGGAAUGCAAUGAUUAGGGCAUUCGUGAAGUUUGGUGAUUUGUCCGGUGCGAAGAAAUUGUUUGAUAGUAUGCCUUGUAAGGAUGUGGUAUCUUUUACUACUAUGAUUGAUGGUUAUGCUAAGGCUGGUGACAUGGCAUCAGCGAGGUUUCUGUUUGAUAGGUCUUCUGAUAGAGACAUAAUUUUGUGGUCUGCUUUGAUGUCUGGGUAUGCUCAGAACGGGCAACCCAAUGAAGCUGUCAAAAUAUUUCACGAGAUGUUGUCAAUGAAUGUUAGGCCAGAUGAGUUUAUAAUGGUAAGUUUGAUGUGUGCCUGUUCCCAGUUAGGUCGUCUGGACCUAGCAAAUUGGGUAGAACAUUAUAUGAGCCAAAAUUCUUUUGAUCUUAAUCAAGUACAUAUAGCUUCAGCCCUUGUGGAUAUGAAUGCUAAGUGUGGGAAUAUGGAAAGGGCAAAAAUGUUGUUUGAGGGGAUGCCUAAGCGUGAUCUAGUAUCAUAUUGUUCAAUGAUACAAGGGCUGUCUAUUCAUGGUUGCGGUUCUCAGGCUGUAGAUUUCUUUGAUAGGAUGCUGAACGAGGGUCUUGUGCCUGAUGAUGUUUCCCUAAAGAUAAUUCUGACAGCUUGUAGUCGUGCAGAACUUGUUAAGGAGGGUUUCCGGAUCUUCAAUCUAAUGACAACCAAAUACUCUGUCAAGCUAUCUCCGGAUCAUUAUGCAUGCUUAGUAGACCUUCUUGGAAGAUCAGGAAAGCUUCAAGACGCAUAUGAACUUAUAAAGUUGAUGCCUGUUGAACCUCAUGCCGGUGCCUGGGGUGCACUUCUUGGGGCUUGUAAGCUACACUGUGACAUUGAGGUUGGGGAGGAGAUAUCGCAUAGACUUUUUGAACUUGAGCCUCAAAAUACGGGUAAUUAUGUGAUUUUGUCAGACAUCUAUGCUGCGGCAAAUAGGUGGUUAGAUGUUGCACUGUUGCGUCAAAAGAUGAGUGAGAAGGGUCUUAGGAAGAUACCUGGUUGCAGCAGUUGGGAGACAAAUGAUGGAAUAUUUUCCUUAAUUAGGUGAAAAGUGACAAGGUUUGAGUGACAUUCUUUAUUAGUAUAUGCAUUUUGAAAAGUUGGGAAUCAACUGAUUGCUCUGCAGAAGGAAAGGAUAGUUGACAUUUCUGAAUGGAACCCAUCUCCCAAUUACUUCUCUUUUGCUAUGUCCUUUCGUCCCCAACAUCAACACUCCUCCAUUACCAGGUUCUUUAAAAUGGAAGAUCGAAAACGGGCUCUUGUGAGCAGAUUGUUGCAGUAUGCACUGAUACAUCAAGUCUUGGGGAUCCCAUAUAGCAAAAUUGUCAUCAGGCGCACUGCUGAGGGGAAACCAUACCUGUUAUAUUUAGAACGUAGUCAGUCGAUAUCUUCACAUUUGCAAUAUUGUUAAUCCUAUCCUCUUCUAGGAAUGUGACAAACUGAACUUGGAGUUGCCAAAUUUUAACUUCAGUGCAUCACAUCAUGGUGAUUUUGUGGCUAUUGCUUCUGAACCAAUAUGCCUUGUAGGGAUUG